AUGGCAUAUCGCAGUAAUAUCGUUUGUGAAUGGUUACGUGCCCUCGGAUUGGGUCAAUAUGGUGAAAGUUUUAUGGAAAAUGGUUAUGAUGAAUUGGAGAUAUGCAAGCAAAUUGGUGAAAUCGAUUUGGAUGCAAUUGGUGUUGAGAAUGGACAACAUCGAAGUAAACUAUUAAAGAGUGUUCGAAAUUUGAGAGAGAAAGGUGCAGCAAUUGUUUAUGUUAUGAUAAAUGAUCCGAAGGCUUUAAGUAAUAGCAAUGAGAUAUUAGCGUCAGAAUGUGAUACACCAACUACACCGAAGGAACUUGAAUCUGUGAUGAAAAGGCAUUUAGAAGCCGAUGGGAUACGAUUGACAGCGCAUCCAUAUUCUACACCGGAAGGUAAACGAGGAUAUCUCGAAGGAUUAGCGUCUCAUUAUACAAAACACAUAUCACUGCCAUACGAAGACAUUUUGGAUGCGAUCGAAAAAGUCCGCUUAUCCAAGUGGAAAGAACGACACGUCCGAAUAGCAGCUGGCCUCACAACAACCCGCCCACAUCGUGGAGGCAUUGGUAAUCAAGCAAACCUGCCCAACAGUCACAGUCAACCACUUUAUGUUCCCGGAAAAUAUUUGCCUUCCAGUUGUCUCUCGAAUCGUGAAGAGAACGAAAUCUACAGCUUUGCCCAGAGCGAUCUAGCCGCCCGAAUGGCUCGCAGUGCAAUUGACUCGAAAUCCGCUGCCAAUUUGAAUGGCAUGCAACAUAGUUACUCAACCAACAGGACGAACUUUUUCUACGACUUCUCAGCAACAGAGGGACGCAACAAGGCCAAAAGACGGACAGUUUUUGCUCGUUUCCUCAAUGGGCUACGACAGAGCGGCGAUGAGCUCAAUCAGACGGAAGGAAUGCAAUUAAAAUCAACGGAAAAAAUGAAAUGUGGGACAAUCAAACGGGAACCGCAUCAGAAUUUCGAAGAGACAAUACACCGUCUAAAAACGCAGAAAGCUGCACGUAAGAAAGGCGAAAAGGGCGGCAAUACUGGUGGUGGCGAAGUGACAAUUGUCACAGAAAUGCCUCUAAAUAACUACACAAAACAUCCAUAAAGGUAUUAAAGACGACGCACAGCUAUCCUGCGUGUCAUCGGAUCUUCUAUUCAAUAAAUACGAUCAUUUACAUAUAAAAUGACAAUAUUGAAUUUAAAAUCAAAUUU